AAUUGCCCCAUGAAGAAUCAGAGGUCAUGGCGUUGAUGGAGCUCCGUCUCCUGGCACUGGCCUUGUGGGUUGGCGUUGGAGUAAAAGUCCAAGUUCGAGGUGACCAGAUGAAGCCAGCCUGGGGACCUCUGAUCCCUCAUCGGCCUUUUAUUGUAGUGUGGAACGCUCCUACUGAGUCCUGCCGCCUUCGAUUCAAGGUGGACCUAGAUCUCAGCGUUUUCGACAUUGUAGCGAACCUCAACGAAACCCUAAGCGGACCAAAUGUCACCAUAUUCUACCACAGCCACUUGGGAUACUACCCGUACUACUCCAACUCCGGGGUCCCUGUCAACGGUGGACUGCCGCAGAACCAGAGCAUCUCCAAACACCUGAGCAAGGCCCGGGCCGACAUUGACAAGCUAAUUCCCCACAAAGAUUUUCGAGGCCUGGGUGUCAUUGACUGGGAGAACUGGAGGCCUCAGUGGGUCCGAAACUGGGGCUCCAAGGACAUCUACCGCAACAAGUCCAAGGAACAGAUCCGGAAACUUCACCCAAACUGGCCUGAGAGCAAGGUGGAGAAGGAAGCAAAGGAAAGUUUCGAGAGGGCGGGGCAAGCCUUCAUGAACCUGACCUUAGCCCUGGCUGAAGGUCGCAGGCCGGACGGGCUGUGGGGGUUUUACCUUUUCCCAGACUGCUACAACUAUGGGUAUAAGCAGUACCCACAACGGUACACCGGCGAAUGCCCCAACGUCGAACACGUACGCAACGACCAUCUAAUGUGGCUUUGGAAGGAGACCACGGCCCUCUACCCAUCCAUCUACCUGGACUACGAGCUCAAGUCCUCCUCCAACACUGUCAAGUUUGUCCACUAUCGAGUCAAGGAAGCCAUGAGGAUCGCGUCCAUCGCCCGUACCGGCUUCACAUUGCCUGUGUUUGUCUAUUCCAGACCUUUCUACGCCUAUACCUUUGUGGUUCUUUCAGAGAGUGACCUGAUUCACACCAUUGGGGAGAGUGCUGCCUUGGGAGUGUCAGGUGUCGUCCUCUGGGGAUCAUCAGAAUAUGCUCGAUCACAGAGGAACUGCCUAACAGUGAAGAAGUACAUUGAUGGUCCACUGGGACAUUAUGUCAUCAACGUCACCUCUGCUGCCAAGCUGUGCAGCAAAGCACUUUGCAAGAAGAACGGGAGGUGCGUCCGCAAGAGCCUUGACUCAGGUGCUUACCUGCACCUGAAUCCACGCUUCUUCCACAUCCACCGCAACCCGGCGCCCAGGGGCCCCCGCUUCCACGUCAGUGGUCACCUCAACAACCACGACAUCCUGGACAUGAAACACAAGUUCACCUGCAACUGCUACCAGGGCUGGACAGGCAUUUACUGCGAGAUGCCCCAGGCUCCACCUCCUCCUCCUCCUCCUCCCCCACCUCAACCCGCCAUCCCUCUGCCUCACCCCAGGGAGAACAGCCUGCUGGGAGAUAUCUUGCUCCUCUUAUCCCUCCAUUUCUCCUGUCUCUGUAUCAUCAUGUUCCUGGGACUCUGUCUGAUUAUAAAGUGUCUGAUACUGUAGACACCAAGCUACAACUGAGUGUUAGCCCAACUUGUGAUCAGCUGCAGCUCCCCUUAUGUCCACUAGAUGCUGCUCCAAGAAAACUGUAUUGAAAUGACUGUGAAAACUUCUAACUUGUCUUUGAGAAGAUCAACAAAUUCAAGUUCAUUCAAGUAGCUGGAUGUACACUUGGAUUCCACCGGGCACGGCUACAUAACUUUACGUCUGCAACCAUGUUUUGUUAAGUACACGGCUUCAUACCCAACAUGGAACGUUUCAGAAAUGGAGCAUUUUGCCUCCCUAAAGGCCCUUUCAGAUUGGAAGCGAUUUGCGCUGCGCUGUCAGCUCAAAACCGCGACGUGCGCGAGAACGCCGAGCAGUGCGCUGUGCUGCGCUUGCGCUUUGUUUGACGCAGCAACAAACUGCAGUGGCGCAGCACAAGCCAUUGAAAAUAAUGGGUUUCACAGCGCAGCAGUGCGGUUGUCGCAGUCUGUCUGAAAGGCCCGUAUGUUUGUAGACUUGCUUAGAUUUAGAUGAUUUGAUCAUUUUUCCUUGAUUUAUGUGCUUUUUUUUGUUAAAUGAUUUCUUUUUUGUACUCUUCUUAAUGUGUUCAUUGUUGAUACACAGUCGUAAGUCUGCACAGGAUGUUUUAAUUACAUUUGUGUCUUCCCGCCCGGUUGGAUCUGCUCUGUUGCAUUAGACUAGCCGCAUAUUCUCCACUUAGCAGAGCGGAGAGACGCUUCAGGGCGGCUUCUGAAACUCACUGCAGCGCAAGUAUUUUCUAGAAUGGCCGAGAUCAGCUCUGGUUGCUGCCCAGUGGAAUAGAGCCAUAAUCUAAUGUGUUUUAGUGGAGAUUUUGAAAAGGAUUGUUUAAUUACAGGAAUAUUUCACAAAAAAACGAAGUUUUGAGUAGCAAAUACCCCUUUAGGCUUACAAAGUCACUCUGAAAAGUUUGCUACGUGCUCCAGAUUCACAGAGACCACGUUUCACAGCAAAUACAGGAAUUCAAAAAUCCAUAGAAACUUCUAACUGCACCAACCAUAAUCUCUGUCCUUUCCUUUCGGUUUGGCUCAUGGUGGCAGCAGGCUGAGCAAGUUAGCCCAGACAUCCCUCUCCUCACCCUCCUCUAGCUCCUCAUACAGUUAUUUCCAAGGCUACAACAACAACAGUAUCAUUCAACAAAAAACAAAGCGGGCCACUAUUAGUCCUGCAUGUAUAACCUAACAAUUACUUCUCCAGUUUCAUAGUGCAACUUAAAACACUGAUAAGAGUUAUUUUUGCCAAAUAAGCUUCAACAUAACUGUAACUUUUUUUACACAAGGACUUUUACUGCAAGCUCCUUGCUCUCCGUCAUUGAGCCCAUGGAUUUCUAAAUACACUGCCUCUGUUGCUAGUGAAAACUGGAAAGACCAUAUAAAUUUAUGUUAUGCCAAGUCCCUAUGGAUGUUUGGAUACCUUUUAUUUUGCUGAGAAAGUGGGUUUCCAUGUGAGAACUUUUCAGAGCCUACAGGACGUAAAUAUACUCAACGUAUGUUUUUGGUUGAAUGUUCCUAUAAAAUUAUGCUAAUUAUGAUUCUGUGUUUUUCAGCCUAAAUAAAAGUCAACUGCAAUAAUUACCAAUCAUACAUGUUACAACAAAACAGUCUGCAAGUCUGUCAUCCGGGAUCAACUGCAGCAAAAUGUUAGAUUUGUUUUUAUUAUAUUUUAAAUGCCUUUAGA